AUGGAAAGUGGGAAGAAUAUUGACAUGCAUGACAUAGGACAAGAACAAGAUGGAAAGGCGCGAGGGUUGACUGCUGUUGGGGCGAUGCCAAGAGUACUCCUGAGCAUUUGGAUGAAUUUCAUGCUACGCAUCAUGCAAGUCGCCGACCAAUUAUAUACCAAGCAUGAUUCAGAGUUGCAUCCAAAACAGUCUUUGAUCGUAUCCACCACAGUAUUGAAAUCGCCGCACAACACGGUCGGGGUGUCUGGAUCAAGCAAUUGUUAUAAUGAUUCAAAGAAAGCAGACACAGGUUUUGUGUUAUUUGGAGCAUAUAUGUUCACCAACUGUAUCAAAUUACCAACCUUGGAAAACUCUAUAUGCAAAAGCCUGACAACAUCAUAACCAGGAUUGUAUAAAAUGGCAACCCCACAACUUAGUAUGGUUUCCGGAGAAGAAAUGCAUCUGUAACCAAACGUAUUACUGCCCGACUAGGUGGCUUUAUCCAACCAGGAUGAAACGUCUUCCUCUGAAAUUGAACGAGUCUCCUGUAGGCACACAAAAUCAGUUUUAGAGCAAUUUGCCCACUGAAACAACAUUGGUCUGUGAUCACCUGUGUGCAGACCCCGACAGUUUAGUGUGAUAAAUGUUAACUUGCUCAUGCCGAUUUGUUAUAAAGGUCAAAACAAGGGCACAAGUUUAAAAAAAUUCUGAUGUUAAAAAGAAGGAUCUCCAAUCCUCUUUGUUACCGGAACUGCAAAGGUUGCAGGAUCGAUCAGAGAUGGAGAUUGCGAAUCAAGAUUUUCCUUCCUGGGAAGGUUAGGUGGAAUUUGAGUUCAGGAAAAAUCUGAGUAUCAUUUUGCUGAGCCAUGCUAAGAUCUGAAACAUUUUUGUUGCCCAUAGACGGUUCCAUAUUAUUACCACCACCAUCCUCAUCUCUGUUUUCAGAAGCGUUGAUGCAGGGUGUACCAAUGACCCCAGAGGCAAUAGGCGUAGAGUCGUCCACAGCAGGAGUAGAAGGAAUAGGUUAA